GAUUUAAAAAAAUUCUAGUUCACCUUAUGUUCCAAAUGUAUCCGCGAGGUUUGAGUAUAGGCGGAAUUCUGUAUCUUCCAGCGCUGCUUUUUUCUGCUUCACAUCGCAUCGUUGCCGCACAUCCAAGACCGUCGCCCUCGCCCUCUCACCAAUCAACGGCCACCAUGAUCUCUCCGUCUCAACCUCCGUCUCCGCCGUUGGCCAAGAAGGUGAAGCACGAGAUGGAGUUGUUCGGGGACGUUAGAGUUGACAAUUACUACUGGCUUCGCGAUGACUCCCGCAAGAAUCCUGAAGUCAUUUCUUAUCUUCGAGAAGAAAACGCCUAUACCGAGGCCAAGAUGUCCGGGACCAAAAAAUUUGAAGAUGAAAUUUAUGCUGAGAUAAGAGGUCGAAUAAGGGAGGAUGAUAUAUCUGCACCUUUACGAAAAGGGCCAUACUAUUAUUAUACAAGGACAUUGGAAGGGAAAGAAUAUGUUCAAUAUUGUAGGCGUCUCGUUCCUAAUCGCGAUGCUCCACCUUCUGUUAAUGACACCAUGCCUACAGGGCCUGAUGCUCCGGCGGAGCAUGUAAUCUUGGAUGAGAAUGUUAAGGCUCAAGAAUAUGAUUUUUAUAGAAUUGGUGCUUUCAAGGUCAGUCCAAACCAUAAGUUGGUUGCAUACGCUGAAGACACUAAAGGAGAUGAAAUUUAUACAGUCUAUGUAAUUGAUGCAGAGACCAGAGCUGUGGUGGGGACGCCAUUAGUAGGUGUAACGCCAUAUCUUGAAUGGGCUGGUAAUGAAGCUUUAGUCUACAUUACAAUGGAUGAGAUCCUUCGGCCAGAUAAGGUAUGGUUGCAUAAGUUGGGGUCAGAACAAUCCAGUGACUCAUGCCUUUACCAUGAGAAGGAUGAUAUGUUUUCUCUUGAUCUUGGAGCUUCUGAGAGUGAGAAAUUUUUAUUUAUUGCAUCCCAAAGCAAAAUUACGAGGUUUGUCUUUUAUCUUGAGGUUUCAAAGCCUGAAGAUGGGCUUAGAGUUUUGACGCUCCGUAUAAACGGCAUUGAUACCUCAGUCAGUCAUCGUGGAAAUCAUUUUUUUAUCCAGCGGAGAAGUGAUGAGUUUUUCAAUUCGGAACUACUAGCUUGUCCAGUGGAUAAUACAUCUGAAACAACAGUUCUUAUUCCUCACAGGGCAAGUGUAAAGAUUCAGGAUGUUAAACUUUUCAGUGAUCAUCUUGUUGUCUAUGAGCGCGAACAGGGUUUGCCCACAAUUACUACUUACCGCCUUCCAGCUGUUGAUGAGCCUCUCAUAACCCUCCAAGGUGGCCAAGCAGUUCAAUUUGUUGACCCUGUAUACUCAGUGGGUCCAUCAGAAUCACAAUUUUCAACCACCAUUUUACGAUUUUCAUAUAGCUCACUGAGGAUGCCUCCAUGUGUCUACGACUAUGACAUGAAUACUGGGGAGUCCGUUUUGAAGAAGAUUGAAACUGUUUUGGGAGGUUUUGAUGCAUCUAAUUACAUCACUGAAAGGAAAUGGGCUCCUGCUUCAGAUGGUACUCAGAUUCCGAUAUCAAUUGUGUACCAAAAGAAUCUUGUCAAGCUUGAUGGGUCUGAUCCAAUGUUGCUUUAUGGCUAUGGUUCAUAUGAGACAUGCGUAGAUCCUGACUUUAAGGCAUCGAGGCUGUCUCUAUUAGAUCGUGGUUUUAUCUUUGCAAUAGCUCAUAUUCGUGGAGGUGGUGAAAUGGGAAGGCAGUGGUAUGAGAACGGGAAGUUUUUCCAGAAAAAAAAUACUUUCACUGAUUUUAUUGCUUGUGCUGAGUUUUUAAUAGAAAAGAAGUACUGUUCAAAGGAAACAUUGUGCAUUGAGGGAAGAAGUGCUGGUGGAUUGCUUAUAGGUGCUGUACUUAACAUGAGGCCUGAUUUGUUCAAGGCUGCUGUAGCUGGAGUGCCUUUUGUAGAUGUCCUGACUACAAUGCUUGACCCUACUAUCCCUCUUACAACUUCAGAGUGGGAGGAAUGGGGUGACCCUCGCAAGGAAGAGUUUUACUUCUAUAUGAAGUCGUAUUCCCCUGUUGAUAAUGUAAAGGCUCAAAAUUAUCCUAAUAUCCUUGUUACAGCUGGUUUACACGAUCCGCGAGUUAUGUACUCCGAACCUGCGAAGUUUGUAGCUAAACUAAGGGAUAUGAAAACUGAUGGCAAUGAUCUGUUGUUCAAAUGUGAACUUAGUGCUGGCCAUUUUUCAAAAUCCGGAAGAUUUGAGAGGCUUCAAGAAGAUGCCAUGACAUAUGCUUUUAUACUGAGAGCCCUGGAUAUGAUUCCAACCUCUGGGUCUGCUCAGAACUGAUAAACCGAUGCAUGUCAGAGAGGCAAUGGCAAAUCGGUAAACUCAUUAUCCAUUCUUUGGGAGAGGACUUAAGAGGGGAAGUUGAAACAUUAUGAGAUGGUUUUGAAAGACAUUUGUGCAAGCAUGCAUUCGUGAUAGUCUGAUUGAUGCUUUAGUUCUGAGUUUGACUCACUCUUGAUUUUAUUGUUGAAUUAAUCAAAAUUGUUUGCUCUCAUACAGUUACUGGCCUGCUCAGCUUGUAAGUCUCAUUUUCAUCUUCUUCUUUUGUUUUUUCUUCAAAUUUGUUAUCAACUUGUUUUUUCUUUGUUUUAGAGUCUACUAUUGUUCUUUGAUAGAAUUGUUAAGGAACAUUUUUUAUUUGUUAAUUGUACGCACACGCUGGGGCAAUUUAAAUAUUU